AUGGGGAGACUCGAGGGUAAGGUCAUAAUCGUGACGGGCUCGGGAUCUGGGUUUGGGAGGGGAAUUGUCAAGAAAGCGACUUCCGAAGGAGCCCGCGUGCUCGGCAUCGACAUCAACGAAGCGGGGAACAAAGAGACAAGCAGUCUCUUAACGCCUACAGCCCAGUUCGCCCGGAUGGAAGGCGAUGCUGGGUCGGAGCAAACGUGGCACAGCGCCCUGAAAAUGGCGCAUCGUGAGUUCUCGACCAUCCCGGACACGGUGGUCAACUGCGCGGGCUAUGUCCACAUAGGGGCGGAUGCGCACACGGUGCCCGAGGAGGACUUUGAUCGCGUCUGGCAAGUCAACGUCAAGCCGCUGUACAUGACGGUGAAAGUCUUGGUGCCGUUCUGGAUCGCGAACGGGGUGCCGGGCCAUGUCAUCAACAUUGGCAGUAUCGGCUCGCAGAGGCCGCGGGCCAGCACGAUCUGGUAUACCGCCAGCAAAGGCGCUCUUGACACUGCAACUGAAGGUCUAGCCGGCGCGUAUGCCAAAGACCGUAUCCGCUUCAACAUCGUCAGGCCUUCGUUCGGGAACACGCCGAUGGCACCACGGGUUGUUGGGGGAGAGGACAGCGCAGAGGGAAGAGCCAAGCGGUUGGCGACGCUGCCGCUCGGUCGUCUCUGCGAGCCUGAAGACGUUGCCAACAUGACAGUGUUUCUGGCCUCGGAUGAAGCGAACUAUAUCACGUAG